AUGCCGUCUUCGCAGGUUCCGGACCGGCGGCAGCAUAUCGUUAUUGUGGGCGCCGGCAUUGUUGGCGUCUGUACCGCCUACUACCUCACCCGCCACCCCGCCUUUUCGCCUAAAACCCACCGUAUUACCAUCUUGGAAUCUACUCGUCCCGCCUCUGGUGCUUCAGGAAAAGCAGGAGGAUUAUUAGCGCUUUGGGCGUUUCCAUCGCAACUGGUACCGCUUUCGUUCAAACUUCACGAAGAUCUUGCAGAAGAAUACAACGGAGAGGAUGAGUGGGCCUAUCGCCGCCUACAGACCGUCUCGCUCGAGGGAAAUCUCUCGAAAUCCUCGCGGGUGUCAAAGAAGAAGCCAGUCGAUUUAGAUCUCCCAGAAGACCUUGACUGGGUGCGAGAAGACGUUCUCGAGUCAUGGUCAUCACUCUCAGGGAAGGACUCGACGGCCCAAGUUCACCCUUACAAAUUCACAAUGUUCAUGCUCCGACGUGCCCAAGAAUGUGGUGCGGUUCAGUUGGUGAUGGGCAAAGCCACUCAGAUUUCCUAUGCUUCGAAGAGCAAUACCGCCGAAGCAGUGAUAUACACUCCUGCGGGCGCGACCGGGAUAGCGUCGUCGGGUGACUCUAUUUCGUCUACCUCGACGGCGUCGUCGGAUACACAGUCUAAGAUUCUGCGGGGUGACAAAAUCGUUGUCACUGUCGGCCCAUGGACCUCUCGUUUACUACCCACAUGCCCGGUCUCCGGUCUCCGUGCCCAUUCGAUCACUAUCACUCCCUCGCGCCCUGUGUCGGCCUACGCCCUAUUCACGGAACUCAAGCUUUCAAAGGGCAAAUACAUCUCGCCAGAAAUCUAUGCUCGCAAGGACGAAGUAUACAUCUGCGGAGAGGGUGAUAACUACGUGGAAGUACCGGAGACGACAGACGAUGUCGAGGUCUUGAAGGAGAGAUGCGAAGAGUUAGUGAAGUACGCAGGAAUCAUAUCAAAGGAACUGCUUGGCGGAAAGAUAACGCGAAGGCAGGCCUGCUAUCUCCCGGUUGUUGAUGUUCCCUCUACAUCUGGACCACUGAUUGGUCCCACCAACACACAGAAUCUAUACGUUGCUUCGGGGCAUAGCUGCUGGGGAAUAAACAACGCACCGGGAACAGGCAAGGUCAUGGCCGAGAUUUUGCUCGAAGGCGAGGCUAAGAGCGCAGAUGUCUCUUCACUGGAUCCUCGACGAUACUUUGUCAGCGGUCCGCUUCCGGGCGAGUAGCUUUCAUAACGGCGAAGAUAUCUCAAGUAUUCAAGUGUCGGGAUAUGCGAUAGGACCCCCAGGCUUUCUCGUGCGAAUUAUGGAAAGCCAGGGAGAUCCCGGUAGUAGGAAAUUCAGCAUAGGUGUGCCCUCUACCCGCCUCUUCGACUUGCGCGCGCUCAUGUUUUCGUUUUUGGUUGUUGUAAAAUCAUGGGAUUCUUUUUUUUUAAAAUCAAGGGUGUUCUUUUUUCAUUGCGGAUAUGUUCUUGCUUGUUCUUUCUCUUUUUAUUUUACCUCGUCUUUGCCUUGUUUUUCCUUAUAUUAUUCCUGAUAAUCAGUACUGCUAUGAUCCUUAUUCUAU